CACGCGGGAAAGGGUCGAACCGUAAAGUUUGUAAUGCCUGUAUUAGUAAAUAAAGUUUGUGUAGGAAGUUAAAUAAGUAAUAACAAUGGGUAUUUUAGGACUGUCUAAGCUCAUAGCAGAUAUUGCACCGAUGGCAGUGAAGGAGAGUGAGAUUAAGCACUAUUUCGGCCGAAAAGUAGCAAUAGACGCAUCAAUGAGUUUAUAUCAAUUCCUAAUUGCUGUAAGAAAUGAAGGGGCUCAGCUGACGUCUGUGGAUGGAGAAACUACGAGCCAUUUGAUGGGCACAUUUUAUCGCACCAUACGUCUGGUGGAGAAUGGUAUUAAGCCUGUAUAUGUGUUUGAUGGCAAACCACCAGAAAUGAAGUCUGGAGAACUUUCCAAAAGAGCAGAAAGACGAGAAGAAGCACAGAAAUCCCUAGAGAAGGCAGAAGAAGCAGGCGAUGCAGAACAGGUUGAUAAAUUCAGUCGCCGUUUGGUUAAAGUGACAAAACACCAUGCAGAUGAAUGUAAACAGUUGCUUUCUCUGAUGGGAAUUCCUUACAUCGAGGCACCAUGUGAAGCAGAAGCACAAUGUGCUGCUAUGGUGAAGGCAGGCAAGGUGUAUGCUACAGCAACAGAAGAUAUGGAUGCUCUCACAUUUGGCUCAAGUGUUUUGUUGCGUCACAUGACAUUUAGUGAAGCACGCAAGAUGCCUAUACAGGAGUUCCAUUUAAGUAAAGUACUAGAAGAACUAGAGUUAUCUCACAAUGAGUUCAUUGACCUAUGCAUUUUGUUGGGUUGUGACUACUGUGACAGCAUUAAAGGUAUUGGGCCUAAGAGAGCUAUAGAUCUGAUUAAACAGCAUCGAAAUUUGGAAACCGUUCUCAAGAAUGUAGAUAGAAAGAAAUAUUCUGUUGCUGAAGACUGGAUGUACAAAGAGGCUCGACAACUGUUCCUGGAACCAGAAGUAACAGAUCCAGAAAAAAUUGAGUUGAAGUGGUUAGAGCCGGAUGAGGAGGGCCUUGUUAAAUAUUUAUGUGGAGAUAAAGCUUUCAAUGAAGACAGAGUCAGAAAUGGAGCAAAAAAAUUGACCAAAGCUCGAACUGGAACAACCCAAGGACGACUUGAUUCUUUCUUUAAAGUUCUUCCCAACACCAAUAACACAGCUAAUAAACGUAAGGCAGAGGAAAAGACUGGAGCGAAGAAGAAAGCAAAAGUUGGGGGAGGAAAGUUUCGAAAACCAAAAUGAGUCGACAUUCUUACAAAUCUUACACAUAUGCCUACAUGUAACAUGUCCUGCAUAGUUUCACUUCAUCCUGUCAGACCAUCAUUUAAAUUAAUGUGUGUCAGAUACAGCAUCACCAAGCAGAUAUUGUAUGGGAUCUGCAAUUUAGCAACACUUACGGAAUUGUUGUAUUGUAGUUAUGUACUCACUUGCUGUAUAUUUGAAAGAAUGGUACUACACAGCAGAAUAAUAAAGCUUUGUCUGAAAUGUGAAUAACCAUUUAUAUUAAUUGGAAAUAUAGCAAAAGUCUAUUAUAACAAGCGUUCAUAAUAUAAAGAAAAGUUCUUGUUGUGAGUACUCAUUACUGCAGAAUCCCAACUUAGAUUUCUUGAUCAAAGAUUUUACUGGAUGUAGCAUGCAUUUUUUGUUACUACAGGGAAAGGCAAAUGUAUAUUUUUUACCUGCAUUUAGUGAACUUAAAUCCAGUCCCUGCAUGGAAUCUCUACCUCAAUUUAAUAUUGUUAUAUACUAGGGACAUAUCUCAAAUUUUUGAGACUGAAUCAAGGGAAAAUAGUUCUUGAAUUCAAUUCAAAUGUUGAUUUUUAUUCUCAAAUAUUGAGAAUUUUCUAUUAACUGCUUUUGCUUUGCAUGUUAGGAUCAAGUCAAAAGGGGCUGGUAUAUUUUGCCUGACUGUCUAAAAAUGCUUCAGAGGAACAUGUUUUCUUUAUAGCGAAGGUCUUCACUUUGUAAGAACUUAAACCAUCACACUUUGUUGCAAUGUUGAUGAAAUGCUGGUGCAUUUUUAUGUGCCAUCCACUUACACCAUUGAUGGUGGAGGUGCAAAAUCCACUGUGAUGAAAACUUGAGGCAGUAAAAAGGUGCUUGUGACUGUAAUAUUGACAGAAUUGGCACUCAGCAUAAAACUGCUAUGUGUGAUACUGAAGUGAAAAGCCACUUAUGAAGCUACUAAUAAUAUGUAUUCUAUAAUACAUAUGGUUACUAAGAACCACAAUGGAACUGCAGAGCUCCACUUUAUCAACACUUAAAAUACAAGAUAAUAUACCAUAAUCAGUGGAAUUACACCAACUGCAGCCCAUGUCAGUGAGUUAUAACAUGUAUUAGUUUUAACUUUUUAUAAGGAAUUUAUGACCCAUAUUUUAAUCCUUUAUUUUUAUAUAUAUGACUUGUAAUGUUUACUUUAAUAUGAUAUGUCCCUUGAAGAUGGUCUUGGUAUGAGUGUUGGGGUUUUAACAAUAUGUACUCAGCAUAGCAAAAUAGAUAAUGGUAAUUUACACCCCAUUUUAAUAAAGAUAGUAUAUCAGAACAAAUUAACACUGUAAAACUGGAGGGAUGACUUGUAAAUACAUUUUAUAGUAAAUAAGCUUAUUAGGGAUCAUUUGAAAUGGCUCUUGGCAGGGGACCAUGUUCUGAAACCACUGGCACAAUAAAGAGGCCUAAUGUAUAACUUUUGUGCCAGUAACGCAAAACCUUAGUGAUUUUCUUUACAGAAGUGAUAAUCAAGGAUUUAGAAAAUGUUAUCUGAUGAAACAGAUGGAAGACAGGCUGAGGAGAAAGUUGGGAAUAUUGACAGCGAACAUGAAGUGCACACAGGGAUUGUGAGA